AUGUUCACUCGCCCUGUGCCCGGACCUUCCCUCUGCCUACGAAGAGCGCCUGGUGCGGUACGACGCUUAGCAUUAGCCGGCUCGACCGUCGGAGCUGUAGGGAGUGUUGUCACGGUUGGCACCAUUACCUACGAAAUUAAUCGGCGGAUUGGAUCCGCGGAAUGCCUUCUGGAGAGCAAACGAAGCUUAAGCGCAACAUGUCCAAACUACAAUAUGCAAGCAAGGCGGGCAACGCUCAACCGCAUUAUGGAAGCGGCAGAAUCGGGGGAAUAUCUGGAUACCGAAUCCUUCAGACCAGAAUAUACCAGAGAAGCCGCUAACAAAGAAGCCCCGCCGCGUAUAGAUGAAUUGGAUAGAAACAGGGAGACUGGGACCAAGCGCUUGAGUCCCAGGGAAAGAAACACUCUGGACGAUUCUUUGUCUUGGAUUCAGACUCUCGGGUCCUUGAAGGUGGAACGAAAUGUUCGGAUACCACCCGUUGGCCAGCCCAUGAUAGCGGAGGAUAAUUUCAGUGCCCUAUUAAGCGAACUGCAAUCUAAAGAACAGGCCGGGACCCAGGUGAAAAGGCACAACCAUGAUUCAUCUGAUACGAACCGCUCAAACCACUGCCACACAAAACGAUCAGGAACUGAGGGAUCAAUACAAAGGCUCGUUGACGCGAGCAAAUUCAUGACAGCCGCUCAGCGAUUUCUAACUUACAUCCAGCCAUCGCCUGAUGUAUCUGAAAAUGCCAAAGAUAUUUGCUUUCGGUUAUUCAAUGAGACCAUAAAUGCUGGUCAUUUUAAUCUUGCUUAUCGUCUUUAUGAAUGGAUGGAUUUUGCCCUCACCUUAUCUCAGGAGUCCUGGGAGGCGAUGAUUCAUGCUUUGGGUACUCAGUGGAAGCGAGAAGCGGUGGUUGAGAUUUACCUUAAACAUUCCGAGACAUUUGAUAUUUCAGAACAACUUCGGCCUCUGGUGUUAACGAGUUUACUCCACAGCCUCCGACUAGAAGACGCCAAACAGUUCGUAUUUCGCUUUUUGAAGGACGACAAACUGUGUAGUCUGUGCAAUGUAUACAUUCUUGGUCUCUGGAAGAAAACCGGCGACAUUGAACUAGUUAAGGCUCAAUUCGAUGCAUCGACAACAAUGUUGAGACAAAACAAAAUAGAACUUUCGCGACCUUUUUUCAGUGGUAUGUUGGAAGCUUUGGUUGAGGCAGAUGAUCCAAAAUCCAUAGUGCAUUUGAUAGAAGAUAUGAAGGCUCGAUACGACCAUAGUCCUCCUGGUCGACUACUAAGCAAAAUGGCACGUCAGCAAGCUUUGAAAUUCGAAUGGGAGGAAGUGUUUCGCAUUCUCGAAAAACUCCACGAACUUCACAAUGGGUCAAGAUAUAUGCUGCAAACUUUCCACCGAGUCUUCUUGGAAUUUUCAGCGGUGCAUUCUGGCCCUAAAAUCCGCGAUUUUUUCUUUCGUGGCAUUGAAAACUUUGGUAUCAUUCCCGAUAACAUCUUUUUUAAUCACAUCGUACGGACCUAUCUCCAAAAAGGUACCACGGAAAUGAUGGUUGAACUUAUAAAAACCGCCGAAGACGGCAAUUGGCCCGUCACAUUAGAUAAAGAAAAACUUCUAAAGCUGGCGGAGUCACAGCACAGACGUAUAUGGACCCCCCCAAGUAUCUGGGAGAUGAGUAGGUUAUUUGGACGUCUUCAUAGAAGGCAGAGAGUCCCAAAUGUUACCAUCCGCGAAAAGCCAAAUAACCUUUUGAGGGGCAAACCGUACGAUUUCCAAUCCCGCCCUUCGACCUUUGAUUAUGCUGUCCCUCUUGAAGAGCAUCUAAUAUACCACAUAGAGCAAGGUUCGCCGGGUGUGGCAGUAGGGCGCUUUCAAGAAAUUAGGCUGCUAGGCAGAAAAGUGAGCACGCUAGAGUUAAAUUUAGCAGUCACUGCCAUGAUUCUUCGGGAUCGAUCCAUUUUGGAAGCAAAACACACCCUCGAAACUGAUAUGGAUGCGUUAGUAAUGCUCGAUAACACAGCUCUACUUCCCUUUUUUAAACGGAUAUUAAGUUACAGCAAUGACAUCUCAGAAGAGGAGGCACUAGCACUAGGGAUAUCUAAUUUUUACGAUAUUCUUGUUCAGGAAGCCAGACCUAUCAACAACCGGGUAUUAGUCACAACUUGUGCUAGCUUAAUAGCAGAAAAUCGACCGAAAGAUGCCUUAAGACUUAUGCGAUUCGCCUGCAACCAUGAUAAUGCGCCAAGGAAGCUCGAUGCUAAGACGGUCAGGAUGGUUGCGAAUGCCUCUGCUGAUAUCGGUCACCUCGGUGGAAUACAUUGGUCCAUUAUGGCAGCGUUACGGAGGGAGUUGCCCUCAACUGUGCCUCUUGUGGCUGAUAUUUAUACCAUUAUUGAGAACCUUCGCAGCAGUUUAGCCGCUCCGAACAUGGAGUACACAGCAGCAGACCGAGAAUUAGUUGAAUACUUGGUUUCUUUGGUCCGUGUUUUUCAGCCUCUGCAACAACAUGGGGACGAUCUGAAAAUGCUCUGUACCCCCGAUGGGGAACUUUUGUCCAGAAGACUUGAAUCAUGGUCAGAUAUUCCACAAUUGGCCAAAGCGCUUGUGAAUAUCGAUGACGACCCUUGA